CAGAAAAGAAAAGAGGACUAAAAUAGGCCACAUAUAAGAAAAUUAAUGGGCAUUUGAAAUCCGGUCAAUACAAACAUUACUAUGAUUAAGAGGGAGCACAUAGAAUCGGUGGGAGGCGUUUUUUGGCCAAAAUAAAAUCCUCUAAUAUUUUUGUUGAAUUGGGUUUUAUCGGAUUGCUCACAAUCCUGCCUUUCAAAUUUCUUCUGUUUUGUAAAAUAUUUGUGGAGAUUCAUUCACGUUAGCAGGCAUGGCGUUUGCUGGUACAACACAGAAAUGUAAGGCCUGUGAUAAGACUGUAUACUUGGUCGAUCAAUUGACAGCUGAUAAUUCUGUUUAUCACAAGGCAUGCUUUCGAUGUCAUCACUGCAAGGGCACAUUGAAGCUUAGUAACUACUCAUCAUUUGAAGGAGUUCUCUAUUGCAAGCCUCACUUUGACCAGCUUUUUAAGAGAACAGGAAGUUUGGAUAAAAGUUUUGAAGGGACUCCCAAACCAUUGAGAAAUGACAAGUCCGUUGACAGUGAGAACAAAACACCCUCUAGGAUCUCUGCACUUUUUUCUGGCACACAAGAUAAAUGUGUUGCCUGUGGAAAGACUGUGUAUCCACUCGAGAAGGUUGCAGUUGAUGGCACUGCAUACCACAAACCUUGCUUUAAGUGCAGCCAUGGUGGUUGUGUCAUAAGCCCCUCAAAUUAUGUUGCACAUGAAGGCAGGCUUUACUGUAGACACCACCAUUCUCAACUCUUUAGGGAGAAAGGUAACUUCAGCCAGCUUGCAAAGGGUACACCCAUAAGUACACCCGUAAAAGGGGUGACUGAGAACACAGCGGAGGAGUAGCCAGCAGAGCCUUUCUUUUGGCUGUAUUUGUGUAAUUUUUUCAUUAUUUUUUAAUUUUGUAAGGAAGUGUGUACAAUAGCCUGUGACUAUUAAGUGUAUUUUUUUUCUCACAGGUGUGGUGUGGGUGUUUAGUGAGUAUUUGCAACUUGUUUUCUUUCUAGGGAAUAUGUUUGCUGGGAAAAGUUGAGAGCAUAGGAAUGUUUAAUCAAGAUGGUUUGUGUAUGAUUCAUGAGUUAGUUUUUGAGGCUUGUAAUUGUUUGUUAUAUUACUAUAUCCCUCUGAGACCUCGAGGCAGAGGAUCUUCGCUAUAAAAUAAUGUUAUAAUUAUCUUGAUGGUUAGCUGUAUGAAUUUUGGUGUGUCCAUUUUAACCUGAAUAAUUUCUGGUUGAAUGAAGGACAUACGUUAAUAGGAACUCUAUGUUUAUUGUUUGUAAACAUGGAAUGCAUUGCAGAAAUUUUGUAGUUGA